UCCAACAGCAACUACAGCAGCUUCCAACACCCCAUCUACGGGCAGUGUUACACCUUUAACGGAGACAGAGAGAACCAGCACUGGCGAUCGCUGAUGCCCGGGAAAGGGAACGGCCUGUCCCUGCUCCUCAACACGGCACAGAUGGACCGGACCCCGUUCCUCACCACCUCGGCCGGGGCCCGGGUGAUGGUGCACAGCCCGGACACCGUCCCGUUCCUCGAGGACGGGGGUUUUGACAUCCAGCCCGGGCUCGAGACCUCGAUCAGCAUGCACAAGGAGGAGGUGUCCCGGCUGGGGGGCCAGUAUGGAGACUGCACGUGGGACGGCAGCGAACUCAAAGUCACCAACCUCUAUCGAGGGGCCUACACUCAGCAGGCCUGUCUACGUUCGUGCUUCCAGCUGACCAUGGUGUCCCGUUGUGGCUGUGCUCACUACAGCUACCCUCUGCCCCCCGGCUCGGAGUACUGUGACUCGCACCGGCACCGCGGCUGGGGGCACUGCUACUUCCAGCUGUACAAGGAGUACACCGGGGAUGUCCUGGGAUGUUUCCAGACCUGCCGGAAACCUUGCCGGUAAGCAGGAGGCUCCGGGAGCAAGCCCCCACAACGUCCUGGGACGGGGGGCCGCGACGAGGCACGUCGUGAGGUCCGGAGUCCACCUGGUCAUCCCAGAGGGGGCCGUUCGAGGGAUGGGAAUGGGAACUGAAUCGACUUUAUCACUUACAUCCUUCGCAGACACGAUAGGGUAAACAUCUUUCCGAUGCAUCUC